UUGGCAUCAGGAUAGUCUGGUCAACACAUCUGAGCUCAUAUAUAUAAGAAAGGCCAAAGUCACCUCACCUCCUAAAGCGCCUUGACACACUUUCCACUGAGGAGGAGAGACAAUCCAGAUUCACCACCAUGAACAAACUGAUUGCUAUCACUGUCCUCGUCACAGUCCUCGCCCUGGGAACGGAGGGCUUCCGUGUUCCCCGACAGGCUGAGGAAGAGGAGAAGGGAACGGUCGCUACUGUGAUCGACACCCUGAAGUCCUAUUAUGAUAAAAGUCUGACCACAGCUGGAGGAUAUAUAGAGGGCAUCAAGGACCUCAAGCUGGAAGAGAAAGCCAAGAACCUGUACUCUGAGACCACCAAGGCAGUGCGUACCUACGCCGGCAUCUUCCAGGACCAGUUAUACCACAUCGUUUACCACGACAGUGCCUAAGCCCUCACACACACACAACUCUAGCUCAUUAAAUUCACACCUUUUCCAACUCCAGUCCUCCGUUCUCCAUGCUGGAGCCCCUGGCGAGGAGCUGAGAGAGAGACCGGGCUAAAGCAGAACCAAUGAACUUCUGUCUUCCGUCUGCUUCCAGCCAGAACGCUCUUUAACUCUUUACUGAGAUUCAGCAUGGACCUCCUUGAUCACAAUGAACUCUGAAAACUCUACACCACCAACACCAUCACCAUUAGCAACACCAUCACCAUUAGCAACACCCUCACCAUUAGCAACACCAUCACCAACGCACACAGAGCCUCAGCAAAACUCAAAGGGUUAAAACAUGACCAGUGAGGUAUUUUGCUUUCAAAGUCAUACCAAGACCAAGACCAUACCAAGAAACAGAAAGAUAGUUUUAGAGGUGAUGUUAUCCAUAUGCAGUAAGCAGAUCUUCUCUGAUGUCCUGGUAAAAGAGACUGUAAUCAUCUGAUUCAGUUUCCACAGACUGGAGAGAACCUGCAGUAGAUUCUUGUAUUAUCACCAUGUGGGGACUUCACGUACACAGUGUAAUGUAUGAACACAAUGCAAUAAAAACCAAACCUUUGUAGAAAGAAA